AUGCUCGCAUCCCAUUACUUCCCUAAUGGAGACCUCAAAGAAGGAUCUUUCAAUGUCGCAAUUCAAGAUGGACCGGAAAGUGGACAAACGGUACCACAUUUUCACUGCCACAUCAUACCGAGGACGAAGGAAAGUACGGCAAUUGGAGAUGGAAUAUACGACAAGUUGCAGGGAGAGGAAGGAAAUGUUGGGGGUGGACUAUGGGAUAGGGCUGAGGAGAUUGGGGACAGACCAGUGCAGAAGGGAACAUUUCCGAAGGUGGAUGAUGAAGAGAGGAUGCCUAGGAGCGUGGAGGAAAUGAAUCAAGAGGCGGCUCUUUUUAGAGAGCAAAUGGGAAAGCUGGGAUAUCACGAGUUGGAUUCUGAAGAGAAAUGA